AUGCUGUUACUGAUGGACAAUGCUCUAGGACAUCCCAUAUAUUCAGAUGAUAUUUCUGAAAAUAUAAAAAUUGUUUUUAUGCCUCCUAACACCACCACUAUCAUACAGCCGAUGGAUCAAGGCUCUUACUAUCUACGGCGAACAUUUUCUCAACUUAUAGAAGCAACUGAUAAAGCAGAUAAAUUAACCAUACCGCAGUUUUGGAAGGAUUACAAUAUCAAGAUGGCUGUCGAAAAUAUUGGUUUUGCAUGGAAAGAAGUUAAAGUGACUUGUAUGAAUGGAAGUUGGGGAAAUAUAUGGCCAGAGUGCUUGCUUAAAAACAAUGUUCCGAUUAACGAUAUACCAACUGUUCGGGAAGAAAUUGCUAAUCUGGCUAGGGAAAAUAAUAUUGAAGGAAUGGGGAUUGAGGAUAUCAACGAACUGUUAAACUUACAGGAUGAAGAGCUCACAAACGAAAUGUUAUUAACUUUUGGUACUGAACAUACAUUGGAUGAUGAAACUGAUCCGACCGUUAUCCAAACAGAACCAAAAAAGCUAACAACUGCGCAAAUUGCAAAAGAGAUGGAACUGGUAGAACAGGCGAUUGAAAUUUUUUGCAACAAUGAUCCCAAUGAAAAUCGUAGUGCCAAGGCAAGUCAAUCUCUUUCCGACGCCAUACAAUGCUACAAAAAUGUUUACAUGGAGAAAAAAGCAGUUUUUAUACAACAAACUUUGGACGCAUUUUUAUGCAAAAAUGUAACUCAGCCCGAAGAAAUUUUGGACGACUAA